UCCUACGACACCGGAAAGCUGGGGGAGGUGCUCGGGGCUGCUGAGGGCGGAGGGCGGUGGCAGCGCUGGCGCUGGGGACCGGCUCUGUGGUUUCGGGAAGCAGAUCGGCGACGGCUGCCGCUCGCGUAGCUCCGCAUCCCGCCCUCGGCACGGCUCGCAGCCCCCUUGCCACCGGCGUCCGGCAAUGUGUCCCACCGGCCGGGCGUAGCCGCUGCGCGUGCGCGGAACCGUGGGGCCAUGAGCGAAGCCGGCGGCGGCCGGGGCUGUGGGUCCUCGGUCCCCCAGCGAGCGCCAUGGAGCCUGGUGGCGGCGACGGCCGCGUUCUGCCUGGUGUCGGCCACAUCCGUGUGGACGGCGGGGGCCGCGCCCAUGAGUAGGGAGGAGAGACAGAAGCUUGGGAAUCAAGUACUGGAAAUGUUUGAUCAUGCUUAUGGUAACUAUAUGGAACAUGCUUACCCAGCUGAUGAACUCAUGCCUUUAACCUGUAGAGGUCGCGUUAGAGGCCAGGAGCCAAGUCGGGGGGAUGUUGAUGAUGCCUUGGGAAAAUUUUCCCUGACACUGAUUGAUUCUUUGGACACUCUUGUGGUAUUAAAUAAAACUAAAGAAUUUGAAGAUGCGGUGAGAAAAGUUUUAAGAGAUGUUAAUUUAGAUAAUGAUGUAGUUGUAUCAGUCUUUGAAACAAACAUCAGAGUUCUUGGGGGUCUUUUGGGUGGACACUCAUUGGCAAUCAUGCUGAAAGAAAAAGGGGAGUACAUGCAGUGGUACAAUGAUGAACUUCUCCAAAUGGCCAAGCAAUUGGGUUACAAACUUUUACCAGCUUUCAAUACUACCAGUGGCCUUCCUUAUCCAAGAAUUAAUUUAAAGUUUGGUAUCAGAAAACCAGAAGCUCGGACUGGAACUGAGACAGAUACCUGUACAGCUUGUGCAGGUACCUUGAUCCUUGAGUUUGCGGCUUUAAGUCGAUUCACAGGAGCAACAAUAUUUGAGGAAUACGCAAGAAAAGCUCUUGAUUUUCUCUGGGAAAAAAGACAACGAAGUAGUAAUUUAGUGGGUGUGACUAUAAAUAUUCAUACUGGAGAUUGGGUAAGAAAAGAUAGUGGAGUUGGAGCAGGGAUUGAUUCCUAUUAUGAAUAUCUAUUGAAAGCCUAUGUCUUGCUUGGAGAUGACAGUUUUCUGGAAAGAUUUAAUACACACUACGAUGCCAUAAUGAGGUACAUUAGCCAGCCACCUCUUCUGCUUGAUGUACACAUCCACAAGCCAAUGCUGAAUGCUCGAACUUGGAUGGAUGCUUUGCUUGCCUUUUUUCCAGGUUUGCAGGUCUUAAAGGGGGAUAUUAGACCUGCUAUUGAAACUCAUGAAAUGUUAUAUCAGGUGAUAAAAAAACAUAAUUUCCUACCAGAGGCAUUUACCACGGAUUUCAGGGUACAUUGGGCUCAACAUCCUUUAAGACCAGAAUUUGCAGAAAGUACCUACUUCUUAUAUAAAGCUACAGGAGAUCCUUACUACCUUGAAGUAGGGAAAACACUUAUUGAAAAUUUAAAUAAAUAUGCUAGAGUGCCUUGCGGAUUUGCUGCCAUGAAGGAUGUUCGUACUGGAAGUCAUGAGGACAGGAUGGAUUCUUUCUUCUUGGCUGAGAUGUUUAAGUAUCUUUACCUGCUAUUUGCUGAUAAAGAGGACAUUAUUUUUGACAUAGAAGAUUACAUCUUUACAACAGAAGCUCAUCUGUUACCUCUUUGGCUCUCUACUACAAAUCAAAGUAUCUCUAAGAAGAAUACAACCUCAGAUUAUACAGAACUGGAUGACAGUAAUUUUGACUGGACUUGUCCAAACACUCAGAUUCUCUUUCCUAAUGAUCCACUGUAUGCUCAGAGUAUUCGUGAACCCUUGAAAAAUGUGGUGGAUAAGAGCUGUCCUAGAGGCAUCAUCAGAGUCAGAGAGGAGAGUUUCAGGAGUGGAGCUAAACCCCCUCUGAGAGCCAGAGAUUUCAUGGCCACUAAUCCUGAACAUUUAGAAAUCUUGAAGAAGAUGGGGGUGAGUUUGAUUCACCUCAAAGAUGGGAGAGUCCAGUUGGUUCAACAUGCAAUCCAAGCUGCUAGUUCAAUUGAUGCUGAAGAUGGGUUGAGGUUUAUGCAGGAGAUGAUUGAAUUGUCAAGUCAGCAACAGAAAGAACAGCAGCUACCUCCACGGGCUGUACAAAUUGUUUCCCACCCAUUUUUUGGCAGGGUAGUGUUAACUGCUGGACCAGCUCAGUUUGGGCUAGAUCUGUCUAAACAUAAAGAGACCAGAGGAUUUGUUGCAAGCAGUAAACCAUACAAUGGUUGUUCAGAGCUUACUAACCCCGAGGCAGUGAUGGGAAAAAUCGCUUUGAUACAAAGAGGACAGUGCAUGUUUGCAGAAAAGGCUCGCAACAUUCAGAAUGCGGGUGCCAUUGGUGGCAUUGUUAUUGAUGACAAUGAGGGGAGCAGCAGUGAUACUGCCCCUCUGUUCCAGAUGGCGGGUGAUGGAAAAGACACAGAUGACAUCAAGAUCCCCAUGCUGUUCUUAUUCAGUAAAGAAGGAAGCAUCAUACUGGAUGCCAUCCGGGAGUAUGAGGAGGUGGAAGUGCUUCUUUCUGACAAAGCAAAAGAUAGAGAUCCCGACCUGGAAAGUGAAGAACAGCCAUCCUCUGAAAACGCUUCUCAGGAUCAGAGUGCUGAACAGGUUACGCCAAGUUCUCAGGAGGUUGAUUUGGUUGAUCAAGAGUCUCCUGAGGAAAGUUCUCUAAACUCAGAACCAGAAUCAUCAUCUCCAGCAGAUACGGACAAUGCUGCAAGCGUUUCUGCUUCUGAACAGAAUUCUAACCCCAUGGAGAACCAUGAGACUACAAGUCUUGAUGGUGAAUGUACAGAUUUAGAUAACCAACUCCAGGAACAAUCAGAAACUGAGGAAGAUUCCAAUCCUAAUGUUAGCUGGGGUAAAAAGGUCCAGCCUAUAGACUCCAUAUUAGCAGACUGGAAUGAAGAUAUAGAAGCCUUUGAAAUGAUGGAGAAAGAUGAACUAUGACUCACUAAAGAAUCCGGUGAUAUUCCUUUUGAUAUGGACUUGAAAAGUAAUCUAUGGUAACCUGUGUAAGAAGCAUACACAGUGGCAACUAACAUAUAGCCAUAUAGCUUAAUGAGAAUUUAUUUUCCCUUUUUUUUUUGGUGGCAGUCUGGUGCCGGCCGCAUUUAAGUUUUAAAAUCUGUUCUUGAUACCCUGUAGACAGCCCUGUAAUUGAAAUCAUGGUUUUAUUCAUUUUAUUUAUUUAUUUUUAAACUUACUAAAUCAGUUCUAAAGGAAUAUUUGUGAGACUUAAUUUUCUUUCUCUUUACCGUGACAUUACAUAUUAAUCUUUUCUUAAAACACAGUUUUGAGGUACUGAUGAACUUAAACUGUAUGGGGAGCUGUUAAACUGUAUGGAGAGCAGUGCUGUAUUGUAGUUAUGUAUAUUCGUGUACAGUAUGUCUUAGAUCCCAAGUAACAUAAUCUUUUCUAAGGGGAUAAAUAGCUGCUUUCAAAAAUUCCAGCUAAAUAUAAUUGGGUCAAUGAAUAAUAAAACUAAUAGAGAAUUCACGUUUUAGGGGGAGGGCGGGGAAGAGUAGUAGAAUAAGACCUUUAUUGGCCCUUAAUUAAACCUGACACUAAAAUGGAUAUUUUAGUCUUUCUGCAUGUGAAAUUUGGUGUAAGAAGAUAGAACUAUAAUACAUACAGUAUACGGAAGGAUAGACAUAGUGCUUUGUUCAUAUUAAUUGCAAAGCUGCCAAAAUAGCUGAAGCUUAAUUACUUGACUUGCCUUGAUUUAUAGGACUGGGGCUUGCAGAAAAGGAGCAGAUGUUCCUCUUAAGACUUUGAUUCCAGAAGCCUUAUAUACAUUGAUUUGAUUUUGUAUUUGUAGCUCAGAGCCAUUGUUGUCUAAAUUCAACUUUUCUAAGUUAACAAAACAACGUGGUUUUUUCCCCCAGCAAAGAUCUCAAGGUAUACGAGAGCCUCCUUAUUACUUUCCCUGCCCUUGGCCAUUAGGGAGAGUUCUUGCCGUUCCUUGACGUCUAGAAGCAGAUUGUUCACUUUUUUUAUAAAAGUGAAUCCUAUUAAAAUAUGUAUAUAUAACAAGUUAUACUUAACACCCAGAAGGAAUCAUAUUUGAUUUUUCCCUAUUUGAGAAGGUGUAAUGUUCAGCUUCAGAACUCCCAACGUUAUCAUUAACAACACAUUCUUAUUUGACGUACUGCCAUGAAGUUGUUUUUUGAGUUCAUUAAAAAAUUCCAACAGCAUUAGGUGGUUUUUUUUUUUUUGAAUGUUUUGUUUUUUAAAUACUUUUGAUAGAUGUUUUAUUUACUUCCUGAAUAUUCAGGGGAUUCUAUGAGACCCUGAAUUUUAGAAACAUCUGGUCUACCUCAGUUAAAUGUUGACUGCAUAGAAACAGAGCUGAAGUGAUCACCACAGCCAUAAAAUUGUUGGACUAAGAAGGAUUUAUACAAUGUUUACAAACCUGGAAUCAAGUAAGGAUUUUAUCUGAAAGUGAAAAAUUAGAUAUUAGAGCAAGUAUUUAAUUCAGGUAUUUUCAAGUUUUAAAACUUAACUUGUUUACCUAACUAAAAAAUAGCUGUAGCUUUUUCUGCUUAUGAAAGUCUAUUAAAAUGAUACACCCUAAUUUGCAAUAAUUUUCCCAUAAAGUAGGUGUGACAGAAUUGUAAUUUACUGGAUAUGUUUAGGAUGGGAUAUUUUGUUGGGUAGGUUUUGUUUUUUUUCUUUUCUUUUUAACCUUUAAUAGGCUUCCAACAAUAAUAUAACUGUUGUUUCAGAACAAAUUGUUUUUUGACAUUAUACUUUCCCCUUUUUCUUCACAGUAUUAGAGAGUAAAAUGAAAAAUUGUGCACUCUCUGGUUUUAAUUUCUAAUUAAUUAUUCUUUUGAGAAUUUCUUUAAAAUUUAAAUUACCAUCAUAGCCCUUUUUACAAUAAAACCAGCAUUUGUUCUCUCACCAAACCCCAUGCCAGAUUCAUCAUAAAGGAAGCUCAGCAUAAGUAAUUCAGAUAGUGCUUAUAAUUUUGGAAGUGGGCGGUGGGGGGGGGGAGCUGAUUUAGUAAAUAUUUCAACCGGUCGUUUUAUGCACAAGGCUUCAGUCAGAACAUAGAAAAAAAAAACAUUCUGUGAAUGAAAUAUUGUAUGUUCAGAUUUUAUAAAAGACAUUUUUAAAAGCCCAAUUUACAGCCGUAUAUUUUCUUAUGAUGUAAUUUAUGAAAAAGAUGUCUGUACUAACAGGUGCUGUAACACUACUGUUGUUGGAUUUUGUUGUUUGGUGAUAAAUGUAUACAAUAUUUCUAAGGGAAACUAUGUACUGUGAUGUAAAAGUCUGGGCAAAAUGUAUAUAAUCCUUGUAUAUAAUUGUGUAUUUGAUUAUAAUUACUGAUUGUAAAGAUUUAAUAAAAUAUGUAAAUAUU